GGAGAGUCAAUGACAAGCUACCGGCCGGAAACACUAAAAGGAGGUUAUAUCACCUGUUUUACAGAAAGCCUUGCACCAUGGCCAGGUAACUGCUGAGAGUGAUGGGGUUUUUUCGACAGCUCACCCUCCUGCUCUGGAAGAACAUCACAUACCGCAGGAGGAACAAGAUCCAGCUGAUCAUUGAGCUUCUCUGGCCGCUCUUCCUCUUCGUCAUCCUCAUCUCUGUUCGACAUUCACAUCCACCCUACAAGCAGAGUCAAUGUCACUUCCCAAACAAAGCCCUGCCCUCUGCAGGCACCUUGCCCUGGAUCCAAGGCAUUAUCUGCAACAUCAACAACCCCUGCUUCCACAGCCCCACGCCAGGCGAGAGGCUGGGCCAAGUUGGCAACUUUGAUAACUCCAUACUGUCUCGUGUCUUCGUGGACGUCCAGACGGUUCUGUCCUACAGUGGAAACCGGAGCUUCUCUGGCUUUCAGGACCUGAUGGAGAGUGUUCGCAGACUGGGAGAGAGACCUGGAGCCUGGCCAAAUCUUCCAGUAGAAGAAUAUCUGAGACCCAAUGAGACGUUCUCCACCUUCCUGCAGACCAACGGCAGCCUGUCGCCGGUUACUGUGGACCAGCUGCUGAAGGCCCGUCUCAACUUUCAGGUUUCUGUGGCUGGAGCUCAGCUGCAGCUGAAGGACCUGGUGUGUAAUGCGAGCAUGCUGGGACAGUUUCUGACCGUCGAUGGAGGAGAAGCCACCAUGAAUAAUCUUCAGACUGAGCUGUGUAACGUGCCGGCUGACGUCCUGCAGGAAGCUGAACGCCUUUUCCUCUCUCAGCUCGACUUUACCAAGUUUUUUACAAGAGAGCGUCUGAUGGCUAACGCUGCAGACCUCAGGGUCAUCAGUCAGGCCGUCACCUCUGUUUCCCAGCAGCUGUCUGUCCUCAUCGAUGAUUUCUCGUCUCUCUCCAGCUUUACAGACAUGAGCGCCGCUCUUCAUCUUCUGUCUCCAGAGAAUCGAACAGCGUUGCCCCGCGAGAGCUUUCGGGCUUUUUCGAGGAUCAUGUGUGGUCACCCUGAGGUCGGCGGGGAGCGAAUCCCAUCACUCAACUGGUACGAGGACAAUGACAUCAAGUCCUUCUUAGGGAAAAACGGCACUGAAGACACAGACUUGGACCGUGACAACGAAACCACUCCAUUUUGUAAAAGUUUGAUCCAAGGUCUGGAGGCCAACCCUCUGUCCCGCAUCGUGUGGCGAGGAAUAAAACCUCUGUUUAUUGGAAAACUGCUGUACACACCAGACACUCCUGCAGUGCAACAAGUCAUGAAAGAGGUGAACAAGACUUUCGAGGACCUGCAGAUCCUGCAGGAGCUGAAUGAAGCCUGGGUGGAAGUGGGACCAAGAAUCAAGAAUUACAUGGAGAGCAGUGUGGAGAUCCAGCUGCUGCAGGAUUUGUUGAAGCGGCCAGAGGUUGCAGUGCUGGUCAACAUGCGGCUGGAGAAUUCAUCCUGGACGGCCUCGCGGAUCGCACGUUUCCUGUCCACGCCCUCGCCAGACGCCCCGAGAAAACCUGGAGCGCCACGUAGCUGGCUGGACGUCUACAACGACCUCAGCCACACCAUCACCACACUGGCACAAGUCUCUGAGUGUUUCUCUCUGAACAAGCUGGAGGGUUUGGAGACGGAGGGUCACAUGGUGGACAGGGCUCUGGAGCUGCUGGAGGACAGGCAGUUUUGGGCGGGAGUGGUAUUUAUGCUGCCUAACUCCUCGUCUCCUGACCUGCCGCCACACGUCACCUACAAAAUAAGAAUGGACAUUGAUGAUGUGACCCGGACCAACAAGAUCAAGGACAGGUUUUGGGAUCCUGGUCCAGCAGCUGACCCGUUUAAUGAUAUGCGCUACAUCUGGGGGGGCUUCGUGUAUGUUCAGGACCUGGUGGAGAGAGCUGUGAGCCGCAUCCUGACCGGAGUUCAACAAACAACCGGCAUCUACGUCCAGCAGAUGCCUUAUCCCUGCUACGUGGACGAUGUUUUCCUUCGAGUGCUGAACCGCUCUCUGCCGCUCUUCAUGACGCUGGCCUGGAUCUACUCGGUGGCCAUGAUCAUCAAAGGCGUGGUGUACGAGAAGGAGGCCAGGCUGAAGGAAACCAUGAGGAUUAUGGGUCUGGGAACAGGAACGCUGUGGCUCAGCUGGUUCAUCAGCAGCAUCGUUCCUUUCCUGCUGUCUGCAGGGCUUCUUAUCGCUCUGCUCAAGUGGGGGGACAUCCUGCCGUACAGCGACCCGGCUGUUGUGUUCUUCUUCCUGACGGCGUUCGCCACCGCCACCAUCAUGCAGUGUUUCCUCAUCAGCACCUUCUUCUCUAAAGCCAACCUGGCUGCAGCGUGUGGAGGCCUGAUCUACUUCGGCCUUUACCUGCCGUAUGUCCUGUGUGUCGCCUGGAGAGAUCGCCUCAACACCACACACAAAGUCUUCGCUAGCUUCCUGUCCCCGGUGGCCUUUGGCUUUGGCUGUGAGUAUUUUUCUCAGUAUGAAGAGCAAGGUGUCGGCAUCCAGUGGUACAACCUCCACGCCAGCCCCGUGGAAGGAGACGCAUACAACUUCACCACCUCCAUCCUGAUGCUCUAUGCGGACGCCUUCAUCUACGCCACCGCAGCCUGGUACAUCGAAGCAGUGUUUCCUGGUGAAUAUGGGAUCCCCAGGCCCUGGUACUUCAUCUUCCAGAUUAACUACUGGGGAGGAGUUCCCCUGGAGGCAGGCAUGCCCAUCCCCCCAGCACCUACAGAAGAAGGAGAAGAUCACAUUGAACCAGAACCCACUGACCUGGUUCUGGGCGUGAGCAUCAGGAACCUGGUGAAAAUCUACAAGAAGGGAGCCAAACUGGCUGUCAAUCACCUCAACAUGAAGUUCUACGAGGGGCAGAUCACAUCAUUCCUCGGACACAACGGAGCAGGAAAAACCACCACCAUAUCUGUCCUGACUGGUCUGUUCCCGCCCACCUCGGGGACUGUUUACAUCAAAGGGAUGGACAUCCGCCAUGACAUGGACAUCAUCCGGAGGACGCUGGGAGUCUGUCCACAGCACAAUGUCCUGUUUGACAUACUAACCGUGGAGGAGCAUGUGUGGUUCUAUGGCUGUCUGAAGGGUUUGUCUGAAGAAGAGGUGAAAGCUGAGCUGGACGUUCUGCUGGAGGACGUCGGCCUGCUGCACAAACGACACGAACAGACCAAAAACCUCUCUGGUGGCAUGCAGAGGAAGCUGUCUGUGGCGAUCGCGUUUGUUGGAGGCUCUAAGGUGGUCGUCUUGGACGAACCCACAGCCGGGGUGGAUCCUUACUCCCGCAGAGGGAUCUGGGAUCUGCUGCUCAAGUAUCGCAAAGACCGGACCAUCAUUCUGUCCACCCACUACAUGGACGAGGCGGAGCUGUUGGGGGACCGGAUCGCCAUCAUCUCCCAGGGAAAACUCUGCUGCUGCGGCUCGCCACUUUUCCUGAAAUCCCGCCUGGGAUCUGGCUACUACCUGACUGUGGUGAAGAGGGAGGGACUGGACCACAGCACUCCCAGCAGCACCAGUAUCUGCACCAGUACCAGCACCAGUACCAACAAGCUGCCUCCUCUCAAGGACAGCGAGUCGUCCAUGAGUGAAGACACCGGCCUGGGAAGUGAGGAGAGCAGCUCGUACCUGGCGGCGUUGCUCUCCCUGGCGCAGCACCACAUCCCGGGGGCGAGGCUGGUGGAGGAGUCGGGGCGGGAGGCGGUGGUCAACCUGCCCCAGACGUCUGCUAAGGACAGCAGCCUCGGCGUCUUCCUGUCAGAACUGGACCAGAAACUGAACGAACUGGGCCUGAGCAGCUACGGCCUGUCGGACAGCACGCUGGAGGAGAUCUUUUUGCGAGUGGCAGAGGAAACCGGUGUGGAUGCUGAACCGGAGCAGCAGGCUGAAUCUCCCAGCAGCCCUCAGCCCUCCGCUGGGCCGAGGGUGAAGGGACGACACGCUGAAGAACCAGAGACGGAGCCUCAGGAGACAGACCCGCUGAGCGGAGAUGGCCGAGGUGGGAUCCCUCUGAGCGGCUGGUGGCUGACCUGGCAGCAGCUGAGAGCUCUCUUCAUCAAGCGCUGGCUUUAUGCUCGGAGGAGCCGCAGGGGCUUUUUUGCUCAGAUCGUCCUGCCUGCUGUGUUCGUGCUGGUCGCUCUGCUCUUCAGCCUCAUCGUUCCUCCGUUCGGGAAGUAUCCCGCCCUGCAGCUGCAGCCCUGGAUGUAUGGAGAACAGUACACCUUCUUCAGCAAUGACGCACCGGGGAACCCAGCCAUGGAGAACCUGCUGGAAGCUCUGCUAGAUCAGCCAGGUUUUGGUACCAAGUGCAUGGAGAAAGAGGACGAAGACAACAGCACGAGUCCUCAGUGUGAAGAGGAGCGAGGAGGUCUGUUCAUGCGGCCUCAGGUCUCGUACUCCACCUGGCAAAUGUUCAGCAGAGGCAACUGGAGCACAGACAAACCUUCUCCAGACUGUAAGUGUAGCACAGAGGACAUCCGCCGGAUGCUCCCCGACUGCCCGCAUGGCGCCGGGGGACUGCCGCCUCCACAGAUCAAGAGACUGACAGGAGACGUCCUCCAAAAUCUGACAAGUUAUAACAUCUCUGAUUACCUGGUGAAAACCUACUCUCAGAUCCUCAAGAAAAGCCUAAAAACCAAGAAGUGGGUGAAUGAAUUCAGAUACGGAGGUUUCUCCCUCGGAGGCAGCUCCACUCAGACUUUAUCUCAGGUCCACCAUGUCCAGGACUCCAUCAUGGCCAUCAGGACUCGUUAUCGAGUCCCACAGAACAGUUCACUGGAUCAUCUGCUGAACAGACUGCCAGCUUUUCUCGGAGGACUGAACAGUGAAAACAAUGUCAAGGUGUGGUACAAUAACAAAGGAUGGCAUGCCAUGGUGUCGUUUGUCAACGUGAUGAACAACGGCUUCCUGAGAGCGAGUCUUCCUCCGGGACCAGAGAGGAGAAGAUACGGCAUCACCGCCUACAACCACCCGCUCAACCUCACCAAGGAACAGCUGACGGAGAUGGCCAUGAUGACCACAUCAGUGGAUGUUCUGGUCUCCAUCUGCGUGAUCUUUGCGAUGUCCUUUGUGCCGGCCAGCUUCGUCUUGUUUCUGAUUGAGGAGCGAGUCAGCAAAGCCAAACACCUUCAGUUCGUCAGCGGAGUCAAACCGAUCCUCUACUGGCUGGCCAACUUCACCUGGGACAUGUUGAACUACACGGUCCCAGCCACCAUGGUGGUGCUGAUCUUCAUCUGUUUCCAGCAGCAGUCGUACGUCUCAGAGACCAACCUGCCGGCUCUCGUGCUGCUCCUCCUGCUCUACGGGUGGUCCAUCACCCCUCUGAUGUACCCAGCAUCCUUUGUGUUCAGCGUCCCCAGCACGGCCUACGUGGUUCUGACCUCCAUCAACCUGUUCAUAGGAAUCAAUGGCAGCAUCGCCACCUUUGUCCUGGAGCUGUUUGUUGACGAGCAUCUAAACGAGGUGAACAGGAUCCUGAAGAAGGUGUUUCUCAUUUUCCCUCAUUUCUGUCUGGGACGAGGACUCAUCGACAUGGCCAAGAACCAGGCCAUGGCAGACGCCUUCCAGAGACUGGGAACGAAGCAGACCUUGGACCCUCUUCAGUGGGACUUUGUAGGGAAGAACCUGUUUGCGAUGGCAGUCGAAGGUCUUAUCUUCUUCAUCUUCACCAUUCUGCUGCAGUACAAGUUCUUCAUCCGCUUCAGGCCGUGGUGGUCCGAGCCGGAGAUGCCUCCUCUCGGUCCGGAGGACGAGGACGUGGCCAGAGAGAGACAGAGAGUCAUCGAUGGCAAGGCCCAGUCAGACAUCCUCACCAUGACAGACCUCAGCAAGAUUUAUAAAACAGGCAAGAAGCCGGCGGUGGAUCGUCUCUGCCUCGGGAUUCCUCGUGGCGAGUGUUUCGGGCUGCUGGGGGUCAACGGAGCAGGGAAGACUUCAACCUUCCGCAUGCUGACCGGAGACACAGACAUCACCUACGGAGAGGCUUUCCUUCAUCACCACAGUGUGCUGACAGAGAUGGAGCGAGUCCACCAGCUGAUGGGUUACUGUCCACAGUUUGACGCGAUCAGCGACCUGCUGACGGGUCGGGAACACCUGGAGCUGUACGCCCGGCUGAGGGGGGUUCCUGAGGAGUCUCUCGCCAAGGUGGCGCAGUGGGGCGUGAAGAAGCUGGGGCUGAGCCAGUAUGCAGAGCGGGAGGCGGGAGGCUACAGCGGAGGCAACAAGAGGAAACUCUCCACUGCUAUCUCCCUCAUCGGGGCACCACCUGUUAUAUUCCUGGAUGAACCCACGACUGGCAUGGACCCAAAAGCCAAAAGGUUUCUGUGGAACUGCAUCGUCAGCGUCACCAAAGAGGGAAGAGCUGUAGUUCUCACCUCCCACAGUAUGGAGGAAUGUGAGGCUCUCUGCACCAGGAUGGCCAUCAUGGUCAACGGCAGAUUCCAGUGUCUUGGCUCUGUCCAGCACCUGAAGAACAGGUUUGGUGAUGGCUACACCAUCGUCCUCCGUCUGGUGGACGCUACAUCCAACCCGGACUCGUGCCCCAUAAUCUCCUACAUGAAGAGCUCUUUCCCGAGCAUCGAGCUGAAGGAGCGCCACCAGAACGUGCUGCAGUACCAGCUGCCCUCCCACGCCUGCUGCCUGGCUCGGGUCUUUGAUGUGCUGGCCAACAACCACGAGGAGCUGGGUGUCGUUGACUUCUCUGUGUCACAGACCACCCUGGACCAGGUGUUUGUCAACUUUGCCAAAGAGCAGACGGAUGACGACGUCCUCACCGACGUGGUCGUCCACAACAGAACGGGACCGAGCCGCCCGACCACGCUGGGCGCCAGGAUGGACCCGCCCACCAUCAAACCACCGCCGCCAGUCACUCCACCUCCGCCCAGCAAGACUGGGAAAUCAUCCGAGAGCAAACCAAAGGAGAGUAAAUUAAAAAAACCAAAAGCUGGCAAGGUGAAAUCUAAAGAAGGCAAAGCUAACGGAGAGAAAAGCGGCACGGCGAUGAGCAAAAUACCUCAGAAAGAGGAGAAGGCCAGGCGGAGGGGCAGCGGCCAAUCAGACAGCAGUAAUGGUGGCGUUCAGGGAGAAACCAGUAAACCCAGUAAACCCAGUGGGUCCAAACACAAAGCAGAGAGCGCCAGUAAAAAUCCUUCUGCACUUUUUAUAGUGGACGGCAGCAACACACAGGACAGCGUGCUGUGAAUCAGAGGACGCAGUUACAGGACAAACUACAGUCAAAAGCUUUUUUAUUAUUUGUUGUGUUGAAUGUUUUCCAAUGCUGUAACAACAUGGAACGGCAGGAGGUGGGACUUCCUGUUAGAGGUGAACGAAUCCCCUUUGGCCUCUGAUGAAAGACAGGAACGUCCUUAUAUGGCUUUAGUGCCUUGUUCACCCGUUAACAUAUCAGAAGCUUUAUACCCUUUAUUUGGGUUCAUAAAUCUUACACUGUGUCUUCUGUCAUCACUUCAAAGUUAAAGUUUAAAGUUAUUUAUCCUGAAAGAAUAUUAUGCAAGGCUCAUUAUGAAAACAAGGAGUGGCGGUUCUCAGGGCUCCGUCAUAAGACCUCUCACAAUCAUCUUUAUUUCGCAGGAAGCACUUUAAAAAACGAAAAUGCUGCAAACACUCAAACGAUAACUGUGUUACAGGUAGUUAUUAAGAUGAUUUUAUGUAUCAGAAAGAAUUUGAGGGGUUGUUUCAGAACAAUAUACAGUAUCUCUUACGUGAAGAAAAUUCUUACUGCAUUGUUAAAUACCUCUUGAACAUAUAAUAAUGCAUUUUACAAGUGUUAUUGUUUUGUAAAUCAUGAGGUUUGUUUGUUUUUUUGUCUGUUAUUUUUUAUUUAUUUAUUUUGUCAACAGUAUCUCUGUACAAACACAGGGUUUUAUGAAUGAAAGGUGUUAUUUAACCUGGUCAUUUUGGACAGACAGAUCUUGAAAUGUCAUAAUUUAAAGCAGCUACAAGGAGUUUUAACUAGUUUUGAUGAAACAGUCUCAAUGUAAUUCUGCUGCCCGUAUAUAUAUAUAUAUAUGGCCUACAGAAACAAACAGGACUGCUGUUUCUUUCCUGCAAAAUCUGACGAAACGAUCAGUUUUGCAUUAGCCAGUUAAAACGGAGCAGCAGGAGAUCAUUAUUGACAUUAUAUUUUGCGGUCAUGGCUGAUACAAAGGCAGAUCAGAAAGAGAAGAAGAAAGAAAACAGUGAACGUUACUGUAACUCAACUGGUUUAUAAUUUUAAUAAUUAGAUUUGAUGUUGGCCUUGCUACACAGCUAUAGCUCGCUGUUGGCUUAAAUGAAGACACAACAUUCAUAGAGAAUUUGAAUAACUACUAACUAACGGUAUUGAGACAAAGAUUACUUUGUUUCAACAUUUUACAGUUAUCAAUCUUGCUACAAAUGGAUACAUUACCUCAUCACUAUGCAUCUUACCUACAGCUUUAAAUAUGAAUAUUUAAAAUAAGUUGCAUCUUCCUUUCACUGGCUGAGCACACGUUAGCAGUAAUGUGCUAACAGUAACACAGAGUGGCACCAAAAUCAACACAAAAUGAAACCUUGUAGUUGCUUUAAUUAUCACAAGAUAAAAAUUAAAAAAAGAUUAUUAGAUUAUUUUUUUUUCAAGUUAUAAAACGAUUGAAAUGUGCGGAAACACAGAUGUAGCUAAACACAGAUGUUAUU